AUGCAUAAUAUCCAUGGUGAUAUUGAAUUUGACAAUGUCAACUUUGUUUAUCCAUCUCGAAAAGAUGUAUCAGUUCUGCGUAAUUUCUCUUUUAUUGCUCGUGCUGGUCAGACAACUGCUCUUAUUGGUUCAAGUGGCUGUGGAAAAAGUACAUCCAUAUCAAUGAUUCUUCGUUACUAUGAACCUUCAUCAGGUCGAAUUACGAUUGAUGGUCAACCAAUAACAGACUACAAUGUAAAACAACUUCGACAAAACAUUGGAGUUGUUAGUCAAGAACCAAUUCUGUUCGGUACGAGUAUUUAUGAAAACAUUCGUUUUGGUAAAUUGAAUGCAACACGAACAGAAAUUGAACAAGCAGCACGAGAAGCAAAUGCACAUAAUUUCAUCAUGCAAUUACCAAAUAAAUAUGAUACCCUUGUUGGUGAACGUGGUAUACAGUUAAGUGGUGGCGAAAAACAACGUAUUGCAUUAGCUCGUGCUCUUGUCAAACAACCUACCUUACUUUUACUUGAUGAAGCAACAAGUGCACUUGAUAAUGCAUUCAAAUAUUGUUCGACAUUUGAACGACGUCAUCAAGUGCUGAUUACCAGCUUUCUUUUUUUACUUUUGGGGGUUCUUGCAUUUAUCCUUCGUUUCUUGCAGUAUACAGCUUUUGCUAUAUCAGGAUCAAAAUUGACAGAACGUAUUCGUUCGAAAGCUUUUGCAUGUCUACUUCGUCAAGAAGUUGCUUAUUUUGAUCGACCAGAAAAUAGUUCAGGUGCCAUUUGUGUUCGUCUUUCUUCUGAUGCCUUAGCUGUUCAAGAAAUGACUGGUACACGAUUAGGAGCCAUUUGUGAAGUUGGCGCAAUGUCGUUUUUUGCAAUUCUAUCUGGAUGCUUCUUAAGUGCAUCCGGUUCUGGAAAGUCAACAAUUAUUCAAUUGUUGGAACGAUUCUAUGAUGUUACAGGUGGUCAACUACUUAUUGAUGGCGUUGAUAUUCGAAAGCUAAAUCUGCAAUUGGUUCGUUCUCAUUUUGGUCUUGUCAGUCAAGAACCAAUUUUGUUCGAUUUAACAAUUGCUGAAAAUAUCGCAUAUGGCUUAGAAAAUGUUCCAAUGGAUGACAUUAUCAAUGCAGCAAAUAAAGCUAAUAUUCAUCAAUUUAUUGAGCAAUUGCCUCGGGGUUAUGAGACAAAAGUGGGAUUGAAAGGUAGUUUUCUGUCGGGUGGUGAGAAGCAACGUAUUGCUAUUGCUCGAGUUCUGCUUCGUCGACCUAAAGUAUUGCUCUUAGAUGAGGCUACAAGUGCCAUGGAUUCAUACAAUGAACAAAUUGUACAAGAAGCUCUUGAUGAAGCUCAAACAGAAGAUUCCAGUCGAACAUCAAUCAUUAUUGCUCAUCGUCUUUCAACAAUUCGUUCAUGUGAUUUGAUUUGUGUACUUGAUAAAGGACAAAUAGUGGAAAAUGGUACUCAUACAGAAUUGAUACAACAACGUGGAGCUUAUUAUAAAAUGCUUGCUCAAAACGAUUCACAAUUAUCAUGA